AUGGGUAAAGCAACCGGCGAUGUGCGGGACUGGGACGAAGAGGGAUACAGGAACAGCGUUCUCCAGGAGAGGGAACUGCGCGCCAAAACCAUCUUCAGGACUGCCUUCUCUCCUCCCGCGACCGGAAAGCCGGAUGUCAUCGUCGUCGCCUCCAGUGACGGCUCUGUCUCCCCAUACUCCAUCCCCUCUUGCGUCGCCUCAGCUUCCGCCUCUUCGUUUCCUCGCGUGAGCGCUCUCUCUCUCUCUUCGUCCUUUUCUUGCACUUGUUCUCAUAGUUUUCUAUUGCCUGUUUCGGUAAAGUAAAUGAGCUGUUUGAUAUGUAGCUGAGAAGAUCCCAGUGAAAGAAACUGUUACGACUCCCCUUUCCUUCGUUUUUUUGCAAUAUAUUCACGCACGCUGAUGUUUUCAAUCGUCUCAUUCCCCUUGCAGAUUUAGAUGUAAAUUGUGUGCCAAAAAUGGGAUACUUUGCAAGUGUCCCGUCAAAUUAUUUGUAGGGACGCUUGCAAGGUUUCAACAAGAAAGAGUACCAAAUAUUUGGGACGUUAAGCACGAUUUAUGUUUACAAAAGUGAAAAGUGUAGCGGUAAAUAGAAUAAAUGAUAAAACAGAAAUGAGAAAGAAAUGAAACGGAAAAUAAUAGAGCUUCCUGGAACAUGGAAGCAAGGGGAUAUUGGUCAGUUCAACAUGUUAGGGCAAUUUUUCUGAGAAAAUUGAUGCCAGCUGACGAAUUAAUUGUCCAAUCAAUAAUAAUUAUUGCAUGUUAUCCAUCAAAGUUUUUUCAGUAGAGAUUGUCAACUCACCAACUUGGCCGCUGGAAAAUUAUUUCUUCUUGUCCAUGUUAUUCUCUUGCAUUCCCACUUCACAGCUAUUUUUAUCCUUGAAACUCCCAUCUGAGAAUUUCACGAAGUAAAAUAUCCAGAUCUAAAUCUCGUUUUCUCAAACUAUUAUGUUUCCAAUUUCCUAUUUAGUAUUCUAAAGUGAUUGUCAUCUCUAGUUUUAUGUUAUUGAAAUUUAGGAAUUUUGGUCUAUAUUUUCAAAUUCUUUUAGGCCAAUUACAUGAGGUUCAAUGAAAUUCUUUUGAACUUUCUUUUGAACAUACAAUAUCCAUCAGCAUCAUCUUCUGCCUAUGAUUCCUGCUUAUUCAUUUAUAAUAUGAUUUUCAUUGAACCUUCCUCGUCAAAACUAUUUAUGGCACAACUGUGGCAAUGCUGGAUCUAGUAAUCAUUUACUUGUUUGGCUGCCUGAUUUGACGACAUAGCAACUGUCACGUUAUAAUAAUCAUUGACUUUAUUUCAUUUUUUCUACUUUUCAGCAAGCACUUUCUCGAAAUGUCAAGGAUCACGAGUGAGUACCUCUAGUCUUGGUCUACUUUCUUGUGGUCUUUUGUCACGACCGCUUAUAAUCACUUCAAUUUCAAGCUUCUCACAUAGUUUUCAUGUGAAGUUCAUCUUCUGAGUUCCUAUUGGCUCAACCAUUACGCCUGAAUCAAGCACACACGGGUCCUGCAUAUGAUGUCAAGUUCUAUGGUGAUGGGGAGGAUGCUAUGCUAUUGAGGUUUGUUUAUAAUUUGUACUAUUUUGUGCCCGCUGAUCACAGUCUUAAGUUUUGGGUGUUUAUCAUUCGUUUUUAAUGGAUACUAUUAGGGACACUUCUUUUUGAGUGAUUGGGCCAUUUCGUUAGUUAUUCUAAUUGAUACCAUCGAUUUAAAAUCUUCCGAGUCUCCGAUUCACUUUUUCAUGAAAUAUGGAAUACGCAUGAGUUAUUUUCAGUUUUAGAGAUAAACGCUUCUAGAAGGCUUGUAUUGCCUGAUACAGGUUUACGUGCAGUUAGUUUUACAUACAGGUUUUCGGUUUUGAAAAUUAUUUUCAGAUGUAUAAAUGAUGUAUAUCUUAGUUUUGAUUUACGGCUUAUGUGCAGUGGAUACAUUGGUGACAACCUGAACAUAUAACACAAUAGACUACCCAAAGACAUUAGUUGCUGGUCUUCCACAUUUCUUUAGUCUUAUUAUACUCGAUGAAUCAUUAGUUUCUUGGCAUUAAUGACGUUUCUUCUUUCUGGAGAUUCAACUAUGAUGUGAUGAGAAUCUGGAACUAUUUUAUUACAUAUAUUUUAUAAAUGAAGAAUGUGGACACAGUAAGAAAUGGGGUUGUUUCUGUUAAUAACUAAAUCAGCAAGCUGAGAAAUUGUUAGUGAUCUUUACAGUUUUAGCAUUAUUUCCCAAAUCUGCUUCUUUAUUCCUUACGAUGGUGCCCCAUAUCAUCUUAAACCAGUGACAGUAUCGAUAAAUGUGCUACUUGAUAAUGACCUUGAUAUGUGUCGGAAUUUAUUUAAAAUGCCACUCAUUGGAAUAAUACAAUGUGCCAAAAUCAUGAAUAUAAGACUGAACUGUUUAGUAUCAAAUUAUCUUAGAUCAUUCAUCAUUCUAGUUAUGGGUAUAAUUUUGUUAUGAAUACGGGGUACUGUCCACAUUCAAAAGAAGAAAAUGUUUUUAUCAACAGAAUCAUCAAAUGUACCUGGAUCAAUGCCGAAUCUGACACAAUUACAUCUAUAAUUACGAUGGCAUAUUUCUUAGAGUGGUGACAGUUUAAGGGCUCUACUGCCUAUGCCAUUUCUCUCCUCUUUUCCUCUCAUGUUGCUUCUUCCAUCACGAAUCUCUCUCCCAUGCUGACUGAUUCUUGCAUGCAAUUCUUCGAAAGUUUGAAUACUCUCCUUAGGUGAGAAUUCGUCCCAUGAGAUGUUUGAGAAUAUAGAAGUAGCCCUUACCAACAUCAAUGGUAGUCAAUUCCGUGUCACUCUUUUAGGAGCCUACUGUCGAUGGAAUCAAUAACUACCAGUUUUAUGCAGAUCUGUAAGGGCUGACUAACUUACCUUUGACUGUCAGCACAUUGUUGCUACCCUGUGGCUGAAGGCACACUUGUCACACAUUGAACUCUCUGGGAGACACCUGCUAUGGAAAUUUUAGUUCUCAAUUCCAUACUAUUCCUCCUAGCCUACUGCAGCUGACAGUCGCCUGUUGGUAAGCUAAGAGACUAACUGUUGCUGAAUUUUAUUGAUGCUGGCAUCGAUAACAUUUCCUCGGAUGAUUUGCUGUUGUUGCAGAAAGGCCCCAGACUACUUUCCAUUUUGUUUGGCAUUCACCACAAUGCUCUCCUAUAAAAUGAACCUGUAAUUCAACAUUCUCUCCUUCAAUUUAAAGACCCAAUCACCGUCUUGGUUCUCAGCUUUCCUCUUUUCUUCCCUUCGAUGCCUGCUUCCCUUUUUAUAAAUGUGAUCAAACGAAUCACUUCUCUCUCUCUCAGAUCCACAGCUGUACUUGCACGUAACUUUUAUCCCAAACUGAAGCCAUAUUGAGCUGACCAAUGUUAAUAUUUGAAGCUCAUUCCGAGUACAGUUGAGAUUGCACCAUGUUUUUUUUGGCUUCUAAAUGUGUGCCAAAUACUUACGAAUUAGUAAUCAAUUAUUUUGCCAUAUUCCAGAUGGAAACCCUCAUAUAUCAGUGGAAAAUCAGGUUGAUAAAAUUAUAUAACCAUCAUAAUAUUUUACCACAGCUUCGAUAAUGAUGUAGAAUUGGACUUUGAACUAAGUCAUUGACACCAUAUAUUUUCUUUUUUACAUGUUUUUAUCAUUCUUUUCAUUUUCACGUCCAUAAUUCGUCGGGAUAUCUUUCUAGUGUAAAUAUAAUUUAUUUGGGAUUGUUUGAAUCUCUAGGGUAACUGCUGUACUUCGUUAUUAAGUCCUAUUUUCAGCAUGGCCAGUAUAGCAUGCUGUGAUAAAAACGUUAAAUAUUGGUGAAGCUUUAACACUGGUAGUGAAGACAAGCUGUAAAUACUUGAUUGAUGCUUCUUGAAUGAUGCUGAUGACUUCUGUUAACUUGAUUCUGGGAAUUAUCUGGAAACUUUCAUGUUUCUGGAUCAUGUGCUCUGUCUGAAUCUGCUGUGGAUUGCCUUUGUUCACUUUGGAGCAUAUACAUGAAGAUAAAUUAACUGACGUUUUUUUUUAAGCUUUGCAGCUGUGGUGAUGAUGGGCGGAUUCGUGGAUGGAGAUGGAAGGAGGUCUUGACCUCAGGUAUGUUUUAUAGGUGCUUCAAAUGGGAAUAGUCUGUACUCAUUAAUCACUUCACGUUUCUAUUCUAAAUCAUGUGGGUCUUUUAGGAGACACUCUUUCCCUCUUGAGAGAGUUCACCAACAACCCCUUGCCUGUGAAUUAAGGUUUAUCUGGUGCUCUAGAACGCAAAGCCAAUGAGAGCCGACCUGAGUUGACCAGAAAUCCACUCUCCUUAUUUAGAUUUUUUUUGUCAUUAGGAUAUGUCUCACCUCUAUUAGUAGUUUGUACCUGAAUUAUUUCCUGAAAACAACGAUAUCAUUCAAAGGAAAAAGUCCUCUUGAUGCCCACAUCAGUUUUAACACUGAUAUUGUUCCAGACAGUAUUUUCUACGGUGACCUUUUCUAGAUUUUUCUUUCUUUAAUGUAAGAUUUGUCGAGAGAAAUUCUGAGUUCGUAUGAUAAUCCAUUCAUCAUACUGUUUAGAUAAAUGACUACGGUUUUAGGGGUUUAGUGAGGUGGAAGAGGGAUUAUGUAUCCAUAAUGAAAGUUGACUAGCAUUCGGCUUGGAGAAUGCUGUUAAACUUUUGUUUGUCAGUUGUUUUAAUGAAAAGUAUUCUAUUGGCUGUAAUGAACGCUGGCUGAAAUCAGUUGGUUGUCUGACUUUCAGAAUAGCUCAUAUGCUUUAUGGACACAGAUCAGUGUAAAAUAUUUAGAUGCCCCUUUUUUUCUGGUCUCAGCAAAGUUCAUCUGACAUAUAUAUCUUUUGUCACCGUCUUGACCGAGCCCUUAGAAUCAUGUUGCUAAAAUAACUGAAUUUAAAUUAGCUCUUAUACGUUUUUUGUUCUUCCAUACACAUCAGGUGGGGCUUUGAAUCCGGUACUUGAUUUGGUUAACCCUCAACACAGGUGAAUAGUCAGCAUAGAGCCUUACUCCCAUUUAAGUUCUUUUACGGAUGCUUAAAUGCGUGCAUGCUUAUUUGGCUGCCCUUGUAGUUUGAUAAACAUAUUCUUACUAGCAAAUCAUUCUCAUUUAAUCACUAUGCGUCCAAUAUCAUUUUCCUGAUGUUUAAAUCUCAUAUAGCAUCCUGACAUUCAAAUUUUCUUGUGCGAACUAUAUCAAAGGUCUUUCAUGUCCAUAUACAGUGAAAAGCCCAUCUCUCUGGCUCGUUGUCCCUAGCGAAUAAUGGAACUGGUUCUGAUAGACUUUCCAUUUUCCGAAAACAAUGUCUACACGUGCUAUCAAGCCAUGCUUCAUUGUAGAUAUAUCAUAGUUAUUGGUAGCAGAUGUCACAGUGGUAGGAACAUGAGGUGUCUUUGGAAGAACCUGAUCAUCAGCCAUUAUCCUUUUUUUAUUUCAAGUUUUUUGGAGAAAAAUAGCUCGGAUGAAGAGUUCCUACUUAUAUAUGUUUGUCAAUUAGUGUAAAAUAGCACAAAGCAUGGGUUAUGCAUCUCUGAUGUGCAUAUUCAUCAUAUCUCCACCUUUGAAACUAGGCUUUUCGUUGCCUCCGUAUUACUUAUUUCUGUUGACUUUUGGUGCUUCAUAUCUCAUAAUGUUAGACUGCAUAGCAAUAUAAACGCUGCAUAUCUAGCUCCUGAAUUUACGCUUAAUACUUUUAUUUUGUACAGGGGUCCGUGGGAUGCUUUAUCUCCAGUUCCUGAGAACAAUGCCAUUGCCACGAAUAUACAGGUUAGUGGAUUCUGAUUCAUCAGUUUAUCGAUGAGACUGAAUUAAUGAUCUACUUGUGGUAUGACAUGCGUAAUUCCUAUCUGAGCCAUUUCAGAUGCUUCUCUUGAGCCAUUUCAGAUCCCUUUGGUUUCAAACUCAAGGGGAAGAAAGCUUCAAGUAUAUGUUGAAGCCUUUUAGUCUGAAAGCAUGCGAACACGGUGUGCAUGUGCUAUGUGACGUCGUUUUUCAUGUUACUGAUGGACAUUAAGUACAAACAGUAGAUGUGGUCCUUGGAAUAUUUUGUUUUUGGUAGCUUUCAAAGUGAUGCUUAUGUAAACGUCCUCAUCCUCUUUCACGGGUAUAUUUUGUUAUUCCGACCUAGAGAGGAAUUUAUGAUGCAAUGUACGUUCUGCCUUGGAAAAAUUAGCUCACACCAACUCUGGAGAAGACAUUCUAUGAACUAUAAUUGAAGAUAUUAAAUAUGCCUUGUAGAGGAAUCUAUUUUCCUCUUUUGUAUCUAAACAUUUUGUUGUUCUCUGUAGGAAGGAUCCAUUUUUUCUGCUGCCGGUGACGCACAUGCUUACUGUUGGGAUGUGGUGUGUAUUUUUCGUAAUAUAAAAUUGAAGAUAUUUAUAAUCCUUAAUUCCUGAAUCCAGUUGUUUUAUCCGUUGUUAUUCUUUCUUCUUUGCUAUUUUAAGGACAGCCUUUCUGUGGUUAUUUUAGGAGACAGGCAAAUUGAAAGGGAUCUUUAAGGGACAUAAGGACUACUUGCACUGCAUUGCUGCUCGCAAUUCAAGCAAUCAGGUCGGCCUUUUCUUCGUUGUCUCAUAAUCUUGAUAGAUAUGAAAAUUUUAUUUUGAAAUAUUGAUAAGUUGGGUUUAUUGUGCAAACCCGUUGUCUGGAUGGAUUAGCUUGAUAAAGUUAAAAUAGGAUGUGGACUACCACCACCUUCUAGCCCAAACCCUACUCAGUGCCACUAAAACUCAUUCAGCUCAACCCUGUAUGGAGGCAGCCUUGGGUUGGGUCACCAGGUGGUCCACCCCACUUUCCAUUUUCUAUCAUUGUGAUGCUUUACAUCUGACAUCAUCUUUUGGUUUUUUGAAUAUGGUGAUCAUGAUCACAAAAAUGGUUAAAAGUAAUCAUCAUUGUGUACAUUUAAACAUCUACAAAGUAGGAUUUCGGGAUAAAUGAAAUGGCCUCUUGGGAGGGCAUAUGAUAGGCUCCUGGUGGGCGUAACCUACUCCAUAAGAAGAAAAAAAGCUCAACAACCAUCUUGUGACCAAAUAGGGAAGGGUUAUUAAGUCAUUUCUCCAUCGUGGGGAAGGGUAUUAGGGUUGGGCCCGGGCAGACGCGGGAGAAAAAUUGCGUUGUUGCAGCAUGGGAGAGCAUUGGUCCUCUCGAACGACCAUCAUCUGGUGUCUAGGUUUCCUUCAAAGGCCCAAACUUCUUGUUCUUUUUGUUGAUUCAAAAGCAUAUCUGCAGCUGAUAUCAAAUGGUGAGUACUCUUGUUAAAUGCUAUGCUCUUUAGAGAAUGGUGUUGUCGAUCAUCUCUGCCAUUAAAUAUAUGAUGUCCGCCCAAUUACCGAUAAAUAGUGCCAACAUUUGAAAUUAAUAAUGUAUGAGGUUUAUUUUUCUGUUCAUAAUAUUCCAGGUCACACAUUGAAAGUUUCUUGCAUCCUUUUUUUUUUUCUGUACAUGGUCUCUAGGAAGUCUUUUGUGUCUUUGAUUUGCAUUUUUUCAAAAUGGUUGGCUCAAAGAUCCUUUUUCUGGCACACCGUGUUGUUAUUCAUUAUGUUAUUUGGUUCCUUAAAAGGCCGGGAUUACCUGUACUGGAUUUAUACUUGAACAUGUAUACAACAUGGUUCUGUGCACUAAUUUCAAAUUUCCAAAACAAAGGAUCAUCAUUAUUAAUCCAAGAUACUGUAGCUCUAACAACAUACACCUACUAUUGUCUUCCAAGUUUUUCUUCCUUUUUUCCAUGUGGAGGGUCCUAUGAAAGUAUUGUCCUUUCAGUGGAAGAAAGCAGUACCGGAUCCAAAAGGAAAAAAAAGAACUAUAUAGUCGAGUGAAGCUAUAGAAAGCUGGUAUUUUACCACAAUUAGGUAUCUUUGAGAAACACGAUGAAGUUGGCAUUUACCGUAUUCAUAAAUGCAUACAUCAAUUUAUCUGAAGUUAUCCUGAUCAUGAAAGAUGUUCGUAAAAAUUGACUUUACUUUGUACACUUUAGUUUAGAAUUAUACUCUUGCUAUCGCGCAUAUUCCUUGCUUUUUAAUCUUCGUUUCAAGUGCUUUAUUUUCGUCUUCGAUGAAUUUUCAUCAGUUGGUAAUGUCGCUAACCCCAUAAACAACUUUUCGGGUGUCUUAUUUUCUUCUUGUAGAUCAUAACCGGUUCAGAAGAUGGAAGUACGCGCUUAUGGGGUGAGCUUUUAAAUCUAUGAGUUUAACAUUGAUAUUAUAGAUUUAUCACCCUUUCUUUCAGUUAGUUUAAAAAAAAAUCUAAACUGAUUAGCACAAUAAGCAUAUUAAGUCAGAUUUAAUAAUCUAUCUGUGCUUUACAGUUGAAUAUAAUCCCUGCAGUUUAAAAUUUAUCAAUGCCUAAAGUUACCUAUUUCUUUAAUGCUGUACAGAUUGUAGGAGUGGUAAAUGCACUCGAGUGAUUUACCCAGAAAAGGGUCAUGCUCCAAAAGAAUCAUCAUGGGUCAGCUGUGUCGCUGUUGACACGAGUGAAAGUUGGCUGGUAAAAGCUCUCAUUAUUUUUUUUAGACCAACGCGAUAUUUGUGUGGUUUAUUUUUAGCUUUUCUCAUAAUUGGUUUGAAGAUGUGAGUGAAUGUCUAUAUUAAUUAUAAACAAUAAUAGCUAGACUUGCCUUUCAUGCAGGCGUGCAUAGUAUUCAGAUUAGCCUACUUCUUCUCUAGACUUUUUUCCUUCGCCAGAAAAACAUCUUUUCCUCAUUCUUGAAUGUGUUAGCAUGUUAAAUAUACCAAACGCGAUGGCACAAUUGAUCAAUUUUGUGAAACCUCUUCUCUUUGAAGGGCUAAUUUUUUCUGGGCAACAGUCUGGAUGGUUCAACUAGACGCAUUUCUGCCAAUCAAUUUCUCAUUUUGUCCGUCUGCCUGAAAAGAGUUUGGCAAUAACUAUGUCAUUCGUCUGCUGAUGCUUUUAAAAACAUCCGUAAAUGAGUUGGUGGAACUCAAUGAAAACUUACCGUUGUGAGUCACAUUUAGAGCUACUAGUUUUAUCUGUGCAUGCCUGAAAUUGUAUCGGGUCCAUAACAUUGUAAAUUCAUAUAACACGUGUAGGGUGUACAUAUAGGUGUAAGCAUUCGUUUAUUUUAUAUAGCCUUUGUCUUUGUUUUGUGCCUUUCUUUGCCUUUUGUCCCAAGAAAAUGAGUUUUGUUCAUCGUAGCAUGCAUGUUAACCUUCUAUGGGUGAUGAGAAUGCUAUAACCUAACCCGUUGUUCGAACGAACUGAAUUUGCGUAAAAUUUGUAUCAUCAUUAACUGUCCUGUAAUACGUAAAAAGAUAUUAUGUGCAGGUGUGUGGCACCGGCAGGAAUCUAUCAGUCUGGAGUCUCCCUUCUUGUGAGUGUAUCUGGAGCACUGAUAGCCAUUUCCCUGUGCAGGAUGUUUUAUUUCAUGACAGCCAGGUAAGUGUUUUCUCUAAUAAAAUGCCUUUCUAUCUGUUUGUUACCGUAAGAAUAUCACCAGCUGCAUGUUUCCAUUAGAACUUUGUGAUGCUUUUCUAACGUUGGCGAAAACAUCUUCGGGUACAGAUACGUCUGCAUAUUACGGCAUUAGUUUCAUGCCACAGUACAUCAGAUAUUUAAAAAGCUUAAGAAUAUAGCAUAAACUGUAAGGAGAGAAAGUGGAAUAGCAAAUAAUCCUAUGUGAUGAUGCAGAGUCUGGUUUGAUUGUAAAGACCUUGAGGGGGAAUUCAACUGCAUACAUCGAUUCAUAAGUGACUUCAGUCAAAGUCAGGAUCGUAGAUUUGGGAUUAAUCUUCGUCUGGGUUUUGAUUUUUUCCUUCAUGGGUACAAUAUUUCCCCUGAAGAUACGGGAGUUGCAAUGUAAUUGGUAGGUCUUUUGCACUCCAUGGCUGACUAUCAUGGGGAACCAUAUUCCUUCAUGUUCACUUUUGAUGGUAGAACCCUAUCAAUUGCCUAGAUUCUAAACGUGAUGCUUGGAGAACAAAGCUAGACAAAUAUGGAACAAGACUAAGGUAAGAGAAGGGCAGGGGGCGGAUAAAUAGCUAGAUCUUGUUGGAAUUGACAUGAAUAUAUAGUAUCUAUCAUGAAAUAUUCUCCAAUGGGAAUGAUGGACCAAUGCCUUAAAAAGGAUUUUAGCGGGGGACUGUACCUAGAUUUUCAGCAUGCAUAAUUAUUCUGACAUGAAGGACUCUAACAGAAAGACUUCAGUCUUUUUGUUUUCGUUCAUGCUGUCUACUUGACAUAGUCAGAGGCAUAGUAACUAGUCCCAUGCAGUAAUGAGUGGAAGACACAGCAAUGCAUGACAAAUGAGGAAGGAGCCAAUAAUGAAUAUGACUUCUUCUUAAUAUUACUGUUGUUGUCACACUGGCUAUGACACACCAGCUGGGCCCAUCUACUCUUGCUUGAUAGAGGCGAGAAGAGAGGUAUCAGCCAACUUGGGAGACCUUCACUUGAUGAAGUGAAGAAGUGAGAAUUAGUGAGACAUAUCUCCUAGAAUAAUUCAAAGUGUGUAAUGGUAAUAUCUUUGGAGCCGAUAUUCUCUGGCAGUCUCCCGUAAAAGCUAGAAGAAGGAAAUAUACUAUUCGCUCUGGUGCUCUCUCAAUGGAGUUGCUUGCUCUGUUGGUAGUGUUAGAGAAGAUAAGUUACACUGAUCUCAACAAAAACUCUAGAUCUUGCAGCCUUAGGAAAAAGUAAACGGGAGAGAAAUACUGAGCCUAUUGAGCCGGAUUAGAAAAGGUUCCCUAAGGAACAAACACAACUAUGUUCUAACUGGUAGAUUAAUCCACUCCAGUCCUGGAGAUCUUUAAUCCAUGAGUGUCCUUUCACUGGACGAAAUCUUUAAAGGAAGCCAACAAACAAGGACCUUUAGCAUCUUCUUAGCCUUAAAUGAGCAUGUUUCAUUCUUCAAAAAAGUCUUAGCACUCUUUCUUUAUUAUCGUCUUAUUUCUCUCUCUCCCUCUCUCGUGAGACCUCUUCUUAUCUUUCUCUCUCUCGUGAGCAGGGUAUAUCCGAAUGAGUCAUCUUAUAGUGGUACUUUUCUUAAUUAAUUCAUUUUCUUUCUCAUUUUGUAAGGAUUCGAGAUGCAUAUGUGUAUUCAUUAAAACUAAUGACCAAUGAACUCUUUUCGUUAUGCCUUACCCUCGUAUAGGACUAUAUUUUCUUAGCUUCAAAUGAAUGUGUGUGAUAUUCUGAUGGAAAUAAAGUAUCUACUUUAGCAUUUUUGUUUUCCUCUUUUUUUAAAAAAAGUUUGCACAUUCGUAGGUAUAUUUCCAAAGAGUAUUUAUCAACCCUUUGAAAUGACCCCCCGCUUUCCCCAAGAGGAACAAGGAAAAGAAAACGAUAUGUUGAAGGGAAUCGCUUUGAGCAUGAGCUUUGUGGAAACACGACGACUCAGUGAUUAGAUAUUAAGAUCUUCACAAAGAAUGUUUGCCAGAUGGCAUUUAUCUACACAAAAUGAAAUUAAUUAGCUACUUUUAUUUGUAUCUCUCGGACCAUUGAUGAAAGCUCUAGGAAAAUGGCAGAAAAUGACCUGACUGAUGAGGGAAGGGGGGAUUGGAUGAUGGUUCUGGUAAACCAAUAUAAGUGUUAGAUUAAUCAUGUUCUUUUUUGGAAUGCCAAGUAGGCUUCCGCCCAUUAGCUUUGCACUGAGAACAUGACGAUCAACCCAUGUUUCCCUAGCUCGAACUUUCUGGCUUCGAACAUGGACUGAGCGAAUUUCCGCUUGAUAUAUGACAGAUUAUAUUAUCAGUGAAAGACAUCCUUCUGUUUAUGAUAUCUUGGCGAUUCGAGCACUACGGAGUUAAAAAGUUUCCAUUUUAGAAUUAGUUCAUAAAUGCUUUACAAGGGAUGUUUUAGCUAAUUUAAGAUGCCCUCUCUCUCUCUCUCUCUCUCUCUCUCUCUCACUCACUCACUCACACACACACAAACACAGAGACACUUGGUUAACUUCCUUGGUGAUUUUUUUUCAUCUGCUUGUGUUGGGCAUUGUAUCCAACCCAGAUUCUCGCAGUCGGAUCUUCCCCAGUGCUCACGCGUUACAGCAUCAGUGGGACGGUCAUCUCCCAAAUGCACUGUGCUCCUAAGUCGGCUUUCUCCGUCUCCUCUCGCUCUUCUGGCGUAUGUCCCUCUCCCCUUCUGUCUACGUCAUUAAACACAUGCAUGCAUUCCUUCUUGAAAUCAUAAAUAAAACUGAAUAGUGAUUUAAUAUGCGCACGAAGAAUUUCAUUCGUGCGGCUCCUCUCAUUCUAGCGAGCAAGUAAAAGAUUAAACACUGAUAAUUCUCGCAUCGUAGUGGAAAUUUCGACAAGAUGACAAUUUCAUGUUGGUUUUUCUUUUUUUUUUAUGCUGAUUCUUGAUGAUUUAAAUCGUCACAGCUUGUAGCUGUGGCUGGUUAUGGCGGCGUGGUGGAUAUCAUUUCGGAAUUCGGCAGCCAUCUGUGCGCAUUUCGUUGCUGA